CUUUUCUUGCUUUGCUUUUGUUUCUCUUUUUCCAACACUCUUUUUCUCCUCGCUAAACAUAUAUAAUUGCUUAGCAAGGGAGUGAAAGAGAAUUUAAGAUAUAUAGCAAAGCAAGAACUCCUUCUCAAUAAUUAAUUUACUUCUUGGGUAUUCAUAUUCUUUUAUAAAUAAAACAUAUACAUUAUGGGUAAUUGUGGUAGUUUACCAAAAACCAAGGGUGACAAUGAUGCGGUUCCGGCACCGGAGCUGGCUGAGGAGGAGGCAGUAGUGAAGGAGGAGGUGAAGCCUCAGAUAGAAGAAGUGAAGAAAGAUGAUGCAAAUGUUGAAAAACAGACUGAUGGUGGCGUCAACCCUGCCGAUGACAGCAAGGUCUCGUCUCUUGGCUCCUUGUUCAGCAACAAGCAGACUGAAGAAAAGAAGGAAACAAAAGAGACUGAGAAGACCACCGAUGUCUCAUCAGAGAAAAAAGAAGAAACCUUGAACAAGGAAAUUGAAGGGAAUGAGAAAACCACCGAAGUCUCAUUAGAGAAAAAGGAAGAAACGUUGAACAAGGAAAUUAAAGAGAGUGAGAAAGCCACCGAAGUCUCAUCAGAGAAAAAUGAAGAAGCGCCAAAGAAGGAAACUAAAGUAACUGAGAGGGCCAUCGAAGUCUUAUUAGAGAAAAAAGAAGAAGCCCCAAAGACAGAAACUAAAGAGAAUGAGAAGACCACCGAAGUCUCAUCAAUGAAAAAUGAAGAAGCACCAAAGAAGGAAACUAAAGAGAAUGAGAAGGCCACUGAAGUCUCAUCAGUGAAAAAAGAAGAACCCCCAAAGAAGGAAACUAAAGAGAAUGAGAAGACCACUGAAGUCUCGUCAGUGAAAAAAGAAGAACCCCCAAAGAAGGAAACUAAAGAGAAUGAGAAGACCACUGAAGUCUUGUCAGUGAAAAAAGAAGAACCCAAGACCACUGAAGUCUCAUCAGUGAAAAAAGAAGAACCCCCAAAGAAGGAAACUAAAGAGAAUGAGAUGACCAUCGAAGUCUCAUCAGUGAAAAAAGAAGAACCCCCAAAGAAGGAAACUAAAGAGAAUGAGAAGACCAUCGAAGUCUCAUCAGUGAAAAAAGAAGAAACCCCAGCAAGGAAGGAAACUAAAGAAAAUGAGAAGACCAUCGGAGUCUCAUCAGUGAAAAAAGAAGAAACCCCGAGGAAGGAAACUAGAGAGAAUGAGAAGACCACCGAAGUCUCAUCAGUGAUAAAAGAAGAAACCCCGAGGAAGGAAACUAGAGAGAAUGAGAAGACCACCGAAGUCUCAUCAGUGAAAAAAGAAGAAACCCCAAAGACUGGGGGGGUAAAGGGGGAACCAGCAGAUCAGAAAGCAUCUCCAGCUGCAACGCAAGCAAAAGAAGCCAAGAAAUAAGCAGAUAAGUGAGAACCUGCAAAGUGCAUCAAUGUAAUUUAAGAGGGCUUGUAACAGUGGCCCAAAAAAAUGCAACUUUAGUGUCCAUUUUCUUCUGAUAGAAGAUAGAAAUUGGGUUGGUUAUAGAAAUUGAGACUUUUGAGUUUCUUUGUUGUUCAUUAGUUCUUGGAGAAUAUUGUUUUUCCAAAAGGUUUUUUUUUUUUCCCUUCUCCAUUGAUAAUUUUUUGUUUAUGUA